AUGGAGUACUCGCCGAAGCUAGCAGUAGUGGUGCUCUUAGCUCUCGCGUCCGCCAUGGCGGUCACGGCCCAGAACUCGGAGCAGGACUUCGUGGACGCCCACAACGCGGCGCGCGCUGACGUGGGCCUUGGGGAGGUGACAUGGGACGCUACCGUGGCAGCCUUCGCGCAGGACUACGCGGAUCAGCGCCGCGGCGACUGCCAGCUGGUACAUUCAGGCGGGCAGUACGGGGAGAACCUCUACGGAGGCGGCGGCGGCGGGACCGGAUGGACGGCGAUGGACGCCGUGAAUUCAUGGGUGUCGGAGAAGCAGUACUACGACCACAGCAGCAACAGCUGCUCGGCGCCGGCGGACAAGUCGUGCUUGCACUACACGCAGGUGGUGUGGCGCGACUCGACGGCCAUCGGUUGCGCCCGCGUCGUCUGCGACAGCGGCGACGGUGUGUUCAUCAUCUGCAGCUACAACCCGCCAGGCAACUUCCCCGGGGUGAGCCCGUACUAGGCUAUAUGCAUCAUGCAUGCAUGCAUGCGAGUGUGCAUGUACGUACGGCGUAUUGCAUAAAUAAAAUGAUUAAGCUGUGAUAACUACAGUGUGAUCAGAUGAGAUAUAUAAAUA